UGCAGAUAUCAUUAAUGGAAGCAGAGCAGGUUUCUAGCAGUGGGCAGACGCUUCUGUGUCUUAUUCCCCCCCCUCGAGGAGCGGGCAACUGACGUCGAGCCUCUCGGUGGAUCUUAAACACUUAACCCGGAGGAUUGCAGAGGUCUUUAAGGCUCUGGGGGGGCGUGAGGCGCUGAGUGCAUGGUGGUUGGCGCGCAUUCUCGCAAGUUGCCAGAGUAGGUUGAUAUUUUCUAAAGGAAGCAACAAUAGAGCACCUGACGGAGCCCGGGCAAAGGUCAGUCCGCUUUCGUCCUGCACCUGACAACAACUCUCAACCGCCGUCCCAGAGGAAGGAUAUCGGGAGCGUUUCCAUGCUGAUUCUAUUUUGCGCUCAUCUGAUACAGUUUACUUUGUAAUUCCAGCAAAUACGAGAUGAGCGUCCAAGAGAAGUCGAUUCACAGCAAUGGUGUUGCAUUCAUGGAUGGUAAAGCUGAGAGCCUCUCUAUCCAGAACCCGAAGACUCUCUCCCCCCUCCUCAACGGGGAAGCCUCCACAGCCGAGCUCUGUGGAACAUCUGAGCUGGAGGAAGCCACCGAAGGACUUUCACUGGCAGGAGAGCCCAACGCAGUCCCCCUGUUGGGGGCCACCGGGCCACCCCCACUGUCCCCGGCGGACCAGCUGUGGAGCACCAGCAGACACCGGGGGGUCCGGCUGAGGAUGGAGGGCUCGGGUCCGGCCUCGGAGACGCCCAUGACGGUCCAUCGGCUGUUCCUGGAGACGGUGGAAGCGCACGGGGAUCACCCGGCCCUGGUCUCCAAGGAAGGGGGCCGCUGGGUGACCCUGACCUGGAGGCAGUACUACGAGCAGUGCCGGGCGGCGGCCAAAAGCUUCCUCAAGUUGGGGCUGGAGCGUUACCGCGGCGUCGGGAUCCUGGGGUUCAACUCCGCCGAAUGGUUCAUCUCAGACGUGGGCUGCAUCUUUGCCGGGGGUCUGGCAACUGGAAUUUACACCACCAACUCGCCCGAAGCGUGUCAGUAUGUGGCGGCCAACAGUGAGGCCAACGUCCUGGUCGUGGAGAACCAGAAACAGCUGGACAAAGUCCUGCAGGUCAAAGAUCAUCUACCUCACCUGAAAGCCAUUGUCCAGUACAAAGGCGAACUGCAGCAGAAAGCUCCAUUCCUGUAUACGUGGGCGGAGUUCAUGAAGCUGGGGGAGGAGGUGCCUGACGAGCAGCUGGAUGCUGUGAUUGACAGUCUCCGUGCCAACGAGUGCUGUACUCUUAUAUUUACAUCUGGAACCACUGGCAACGCCAAAGGAUGCAUGUUGAGCCAUGACAACCUGACCUGGACGGUCCGCACGGCCUCUACGAUGCUCCCCUUGAAGCCCGCCGAGGAGGUGCUGAUCAGUUACCUGCCGCUCAGCCACGUGGCGGCACAGCUGGUCGACAUGUGGUUGGGUGUGGCUUUCGCCAUGACCACCUACUUUGCAGAUCCAGACGCCCUCAAGGGCUCGUUGGUGAACACGCUGAAGGAGGCUCGUCCCACUUGUUUCCUGGGUGUUCCUCGGGUGUGGGAGAAGAUGCAAGACAGCAUGAAAGCCAUCGGUGCCAAGUCAUCCCCACUGAGGCGGACGGUGGCGGCCUGGGCCAAGGCUAAAGGGCUGCAGUACAACUACAGCGUCAUGAACGGGGAGAAUCAGGUGCCCUGGGGCUUCAUGUUGGCCAACAAUCUGGUGUUCAAGAAGGUCCGUGAGGCGCUGGGCUUAGACCGCUGCAAGUUACACUUUACAGGCGCCGCCCCCAUCACCAAGGACACCCUGGAGUACUUCAUGAGCCUGAACAUGCCUUUGCUGGAGCUGUACGGCAUGAGCGAAAGCUCGGGCCCACACACCGUCUCCAGCGACACCUUUUUCCAAAUCACGAGCUGUGGAAAAGUGAUGCCGGGCUGCAAGACGAAGCUGGAGAACCCGGAUGAGGACGGCAGUGGAGAGAUAUGCAUGUGGGGCCGGCACGUCUUCAUGGGCUACCUGGACAUGCCGGACAAAACCGAAGAGGCCAUUGACCAGGACGGCUGGCUGCACUCUGGAGAUCUGGGGAGACACGACCAGAACGACUUCCUGUACAUCACAGGAAGGAUCAAGGAGCUGAUCAUCACUGCGGGAGGAGAGAACGUCCCCCCCGUGCCCAUCGAGGACUCGGUGAAGUCCGAGUUGCCCUUCGUCAGCAACGCCAUGCUGGUCGGAGACAAGCUGAAGUUCCUCUCCAUGCUGCUCACGCUCAAAUGCGCGGUGGACGAGGCGGGGGCGCCCACGGACCAGCUGGGUCCCGAGGCCUUGCUGUUCUGCCGGCAGCACAACGUCGCAGCCACCAAGGUGUCGGAGAUCAUCGCCAGCGAGGAGCCGGCGGUCUACAAGGCCAUCCAGGAAGGCGUGGAGCGCGCCAACGCCAGGGCGACCUCCAACGCCCAGAAGGUCCAGAAGUGGGUGAUUCUGGAGCGAGACUUCUCCGUCGGCGGAGGCGAGCUGGGACCAACCAUGAAGCUGAGGAGGCCCAUUGUCGUGAAGAUGUACCAGGAGAAGAUAGAUGAAUUGUAUGCGGUGGCUGCGGGAGGACAGUAGAUUCUACGUCUCAGAGAGGAGACGACACCGUUUAAUGUACAAAUCUCGUUUCACCUGAAUGUUAAAACUGCAAAAGAGGUUUGAAUUACGUUGUAUUUAAUGGAACAGACGCUUCUGCCGCGUUUCGAUAUGUGGCGACUGCCUGUUUCGCUGAAGUCGAUAUUUAAGCUGUCAAGUGUGCCCACGGAGCCCAUUUUGUAAAUAAAAUAUCCUCAUCAGAGCCAAAUUGUGCCAUUUACUGUCGGCACACAUUGUUUGCUGCCACGCUGGAAAACACUGGAUGGUGUCAGUCAUCAUUUUUAUAGUUUAUGAAGGAACUAAUGUGUUGUUCUUCUUUUUGUAAAAGCAGAAAAUAUUUUGAGGAAUGAAUUGCUGCCUUUCUGUCUGAAGCUUUGAGAUGAUCCUCAUCCCUGAAAACAGCGGACAUGACCUCUGAGGACUGGAUUGAACUGUAAAUAAAAGAAAAAAAGAGUCCAAUCCAGUCACGUGCAAUCAUGUGUGAAUUGUAAAGCAUCCAUUUAACUUGUUGCUUCUCCAUGUACAGUUUGACAAAUAGUGAAAUGUGAUGAAUGCCCGGUGAUUUUAAAUAAAAGCAAGUGAUUAACCAAGUUUGAUUAAAAAUAUUU